CGUCCUUCCAAACAUGUAAACAAGUCAACUUUGUCAAAUCCAGGAUUAUUUGUAAUACUGAACUACUGAAGUAAAUCAUCGGAUAAAUUACGGAGGAAAGAGGCGGGUUACGUUCUGAGGACUAUUUCCAACGAUAAGAGGCAGACAUCAGAUAUUCAAACUGUUAUCUGAAGGCAGUUUUCUAAUUCCAGGCUUGUUUCAUCAGUUCUAACAAAGGUCAAGAUGGUACGAAUCAGUGAAGAUAUGGUGAGGAAAAGAUCGGAACAUAAUGAGAUGGAGAUAUCAACCCUCGAAGAACUCUCCCUGCAUCAACAAGAUAUAGAAAGGAUUGAGUUUCUAGACAAGUGGUGCAGGGACCUCAAGAUUCUGUACCUCCAGAGCAAUCUCAUUCCAAAAAUUGAAAACGUCGGGCGGCUGAAGAAGCUGGAGUACCUUAACCUUGCCCUGAAUAACGUGGAGAAGAUAGAGAAUCUUUCAGGGUGUGAAUCUCUGAAGAAACUCGACCUGACGGUCAACUUUGUUGGUGAACUGACCAGUAUAGAAUGCCUCAAAGAUAGUUAUAAUCUCAGGGAAUUAUUUUUGACAGGUAAUCCAUGCACAGAGUAUGAUGGCUAUAGGGAGUAUGUAAUAGGCACCCUACAACAAUUACAGAGAUUAGAUGGGAAAGAAAUAGAGAAAUCAGAGCGAAUAGCAGCUAAACAAGAUCUUGAUGUGAUCAGACCAAAAAUAAUUGAACAACAGAAAUCAUAUCAGCUCACACGAGAGAGAGAAAAAGCUCAAGCGGAGGAUCACAAGAAGGAGAAGAAGAAAGAGAAAGGGUUUGAUAAACGAUGGUAUACUGAUAUCAACGAAGGUGACUCGCAUGGAGAAAACACAAAGACUAAAGAUGAAGAAGAGGAUGAUGAGGAAGAAAAGUUUUGGAAUGAAAAGGUUGGUUUUACACCAGAGUCUCGGGUAGCCCUAAGUGAACAUGUACAGGAGAAGAAGAGGAAAGAGGAGGAGGAAAGAAGUAAGAAGCAAGGUCCCAAACCACCAGCGAGAGUUGUCAGACUUACGACGGAUGAUGGUACUCCUCUAAAUGUCAAUCAAGCAAAAAUUGAUUUCACGCUGACAGAUAAUGAAGAGGAGAACACCUAUGAAUUAGAUGUGGCAUGUUACAAGCAUCUAGACACAUCACUCAUUGACGUAGACGUACAACCUACGCAUGUUAAAGUAGUUCUUAAAGGGAAGGUUUUGCAGUUAACCUUGGUUGAAGAGGUGAUGCCUGAUACUAGUGAAGCUAAGCGAUCUCAAACCACCGGCCACUUGCUCAUCAAGAUGCCAAAGGCUAAGGAAUAUAUCCGACCAAAGAAGUCCUCAACAAAACCAAGUACCGUCAGGAAUGAGGACAGCAAGACAUCAAGAGUAGAGAAGAAGCUUGAGAUUGAUCCCAGCAGCGGGAGACGCGUUGAUCUGAUGGUGACGAACCCAACCACCAAGGAGCCACUACAAAAGACAGUGGAAGAGAGAAACAACAGCGAUGACUUCAUAGAUGAUCCUGACGUACCACCUUUAAUAUGAUAAUGGGCAUCUCACUCGCCUACACUAAAGACCUGGGUCCCGUAACACAAAGGUUAGCGAUUAAUAGUGCGCAUGAUUAUUACAAUUGAUUGUACAUUUUAGUCAAU